GUUUCAGAUUUUCAGCAUCCACAAUAUAUUGAACUAUAAAUCAUUUUCUCCUCUUCUGGAGAGUGUGUCAAAAUGAAAAUUUAACUGCGAAAAGCCCUGGCACACUUGAAACGCACGGACGAAGGGGUUCUGAACUGGAAACAAAAAUGGAUGGAAUUAGUGCCAACAACUUUGACUACUCGCCCAUCCCCAACAACAUUACCUUAACAACCCAGCGCGUCGCAGCACUUUCCUCUCCUUCCGAAACGCCUGCACGACAAAGCCAUUGCCGCACGGCAUUCCGGGAAUUGUAGUCUAUAGCGCGGCAUUUUGUAUGAGAAAUGGUUAUAUGACUCAUCGUGGCGCGGGUACGACGCGUACGUUACUGCCGGCGUCUCGUGAGCUCGCGGUGACCGGAAGGAAGUUUAGGUGCGCUCCGCUAAUUUUGAACGACUAACGAACAGACAGUCGUGAAGACAUCCAACUGAAGACAUGACUGAAAAGACAAAUAAUUUCCCCCCACUUCCAAAGUUUAUCCCUUUGAAACCUUGCUUCUAUCAAAAUUUUGAGGAAGAGAUCCCACCAGACCACUGUCAUCUUGUCAAGAGAAUUUACCAUUUAUGGAUCUUUUACAGCAUUACCCUAGCAAUAAAUUUAAUAGGCUGUUUAGCUUGGCUGAUAGCAGGAGGUGAUGCUACCAAUUUUGGCCUGGCAAUUCUUUGGCUAGUUCUUUUCAGCCCCUGUUCAUACGUCUGCUGGCUUCGUCCAAUUUAUAAAGCAUUUAGAUCUGACAGCUCUUUUAAUUUCAUGGCGUUUUUCUUCGUAUUUGCUGCCCAGGUUGUUUUGGCAGCUUUACAAGCAAUUGGAUUCAAAGGAUGGGGAGCCUGUGGAUGGAUAGCUGCCAUAAGUUUCUUCUCAGUUAAUGUUGGUGCUGGAGUGGUAAUGCUUUUCCCUGCAAUCAUGUUCACAGCAGUAGCAAUUCUGAGUGCACUUAUUAUUUUCCGUGUACACAGAAUAUACCGAAGUGGUGGUGGAAGCUUUCAGAAGGCCCAAGAAGAAUGGAGUGCUGGCACAUGGCAAAAUCCACCACCAAAGCAAUUAGCAUUUCAAACUGUUACUGGCAAUACUCUACCCCAAUAUCCCACAGUACCAAGAUACCCCUGUCAUGAUGAGUGGUCUUAGGGUAUGAACGUUAAAGAGAAAAGUACUUUACUCACCUUUUGUGAUACCAUUUUACAUCAAAUCACAAAUUAACAUUUCCUAAUAGAAAAUGUAAAUAUCUGAUAUUGUGCUAUGUACUGAAAAGUUAAAACUUCUUUCAUUGGAACUUGCAGUACAAAAGCCUCAAAAUCAUGAGUAGUGGCAUUGGAAAAUGCUUUUCUUGCCUGCUUUCUUAUGUAUUAUGUAUACAUAAUUUUUGAUUCUGGGACUGAGAUUUGUGAUCAGUGCUCUCUGCUGUAGAAUUGGAUUUCAAAAAGAUAUUAAAUUGCAUGUGAAUACUCCCAAAUUUAGUUUGUAAUUUUAAAAGUUGAAGUAUAUUGCUUUUUUUUAAAUUUGGUCAUGACCUAGAGUUAGACUGCAUUGCUGACUCUCCAGUAAAACCUGAACAAAAUGUAAAGCAGUUGAGCUGUAACAAUGAAAAUACAGCAAGUAUUUAAGUGUCAUAAGAACGGUGCUGGAAAUAUUGAGUUGGGCAGGAAGUAUCUGAAGAGGAACUUUAAUAUUUCAGGUUGAUGCCGUUUUGUCGUAUCUGAAAUGCUAAGACUCUCCAUAGUUGCUGCUGAUGAACGGAUUAUUUACAGAAUUUUCUGUUUUUAUUUUGGAUUUCCAGCAUUGUAGUAUUUUGCUUUUGUGUAUGUGUUUGAUGUCAUAUCCCAGAAAUCAACUGAAGAUAAUUUAAAAUUUUUUGUUUUUGAUCACUGGUAAUUUCUUCAGUUUGUCUUUUAAAUGAAUGGUUUAUGCACCACUAUUGAUCUACUUUGCUAUUUGCUCUCAAGAUGUCAAAACUGUUAUCACUAGAUUCAGACUGAUUAGCCAGGAGUAAUUUUGGCAGUCGGCCUUGGGUUCUGAAUCCUUGGCAACUUCUGUUAGUGAAUCACUCCUAGCAUCUAGUGUUCUUUUCUGUAAUGGAAUUUCAUUUACAGAUUACCUCACCAAUUAGUAAAGUCCCUGCACAUUUACUUUAAUACGUCCAAGUUCCAAAAAAAAAUUAGUAUGUUUGUUUUAAUAACAGUACACAAUUAUACAUGCAUAUGUUUAUUAAACAACCAUAAUUUGGAUGUGCUUUUUCUCAGGACAGGUGCUGUAGGGGGCAACGUGCAUUUAGCCAAGAAUUUGAACAAUUUGUGAGACGAUUUAUGGAUAAACUUGAUUAUCUGUAAUGAACAUAAUUGCAGAUAUGCUUUAACGCAGUCCUGGUUCGGAGGGGUGAUGGUAAAUAACAUCUAGUUACUACUCAGAUUAUCAUAAAAUCAAAAUUAUAUUUGGAAGAUUGUUCUGGAUAUUAACAAUAAUGAAAACCAUUAUUUGAAAAUUAUGAUUUCCAGUGUGGGUAGCAGGACUGAGACAUUUAGAAACAUAGUGGCUCCUUCAUAUCUUGAAUCACACCAGUUAUGGGGCCAUUAUUUUGGCACAAAUCAUUUCUGUUAUUGUUUGCAUAAGUUUGAAGCUGACAUGCUGUUUAACAAGCCAUUCUUUCUGCCAAGUUUACUUAGCCAGUUUUUUUUAAAACUUGUGUAAUUAUCACAUUGAACUAUGAAUACUUUGGCCUUAAAGUAUGAUUUAGUGAAUAGCUGAGAAACUGUCACUGCAUUAAUUGUAAUCUGAAACAUACAGUUUUUGCCUGUGUUUGGAAAACUUACCAUAUACUUAACAUAUUUACAACGGCAGACAUACUAAAUGACAAGUGAUAUGGAUGAUUAACCAAUAUAAACUGUAGUCAUCUGAAAAAUCUUGAAAUAUUUACAUUGUUUGACAUUCUUGAUAUUGCCUGAUGUGAAAACUCCUCCCCUAAUCCUGUACUUAACUGAUGGAAACAAGCCUUCAACUUAACAAGCAUGAAGGUUUUUCAUAACACCUAAUUGAAACAAACUUCUUAUGUAAUGUUAGACAUUAGUUCUACAUAUGCAACUUUUCUUGACCACAGAAGAAAAAAACAUUCCAGGAUAUUAGUCAACUUGGUCAUGCUGACUUGGAAAUGUGAUUCAAGAUAUGAUGACUUUUACUUAUGAACUGUCAUGAAGUUAAUUAAACUUUGUCUGUGCCAUAUCAAAAACAAAUCCAAGUUGUCUCAUUCAAUGCUGGAAUAUUUUAAUCUGUAGUAUGUUUACUGUUUAUUGGAAAAUGAUAAAGAUAGUUGCAUUUUCAAAAUUAACGAGAAGAAAUUUUUGGAACUUGUUCAUCCUUUGUUGAUUAAUUCAGUUUUUACUUUGAAGGAAUUGGAUUAUUUUUGUCAAAUCAGUUGUGUUAAGGGUAUGUGGUGGGCAUUAGGAGAAACUAGAUAGGACAAGUAUCAGUAGUUCCCUGUGGCAUUGACACAAGUGCUGUUUCACAUGGAAACCAUACCUGCUAUUGACACAUCAUGGAGUAAGGUUUUACUUACCAAUUAAUUUACUUGAUCACGUUUAAUGUAGUUAUGUAAGAAAAGAAGAAAUGGACCAACAUGAUGGCAGCUACCAUAUCAAAGCUGUUUCUUUCACAUAUCUUUCAAGAUCUAUUUUGUUUGCUUGCAAUUAGAAAACAAUUAAAGGACCAAAAAAAUCCUUAUACGUACUGAACAUAUAUAAAGUAUUGAACUUUAUUUAAGUUUGCUGUGACCCUUUUCAGAAGUGUACUUACCUCUAAUGUUGCGCUGCAGCUCCCAAAAUAAGGUGUGUGCCUUUAUAGUGUUUCUAAUUAGAAAUGAUCUGUACUUUGAGAAGUUUUCAACAUUGGGGACAUUGUUGUCCAGGAAGAAAUUACCUUUGCCUUAAACACUUGGUUUUUUUUUGAUGAUGAAAUUAUCCUAAGUAUCUACACCAUUGCAAGUUGUGUUAUUAGUUGUUAUUCAGUUGUUAACUUCCAAUUAACACUGGGUCACUGAGAUUCUGUUUUCAAAUUUGGAGAAUUACAGAAACAUUAGCCUCUGAAUAUCUGUUAUCAAAUUUAUUUCUUUUGGAAGGGAGAAAGCUUAAAGAACAAACACUAAAAUAUUUUCCUGAAUAACUUCCAUUUCAUUGUUCAAUUGGAUCUAAAUAUAUAUUUGGUCAACGCGAAUAUGACUGAUCUCUUGGAUUGCUUUAAUACAUUAAUAUAGAGACUUAUGCACUUAUAAAUUUUAUCAAUGCUCAAGCAGUUGAUUAAUUGCCGUAGUUGAAAUGCAGGUAUGACAAUGAUGACGAUGUAAAAUUUAUUCAUUAAGGAUGCAUCUGAAAAUUCAGUAGACAGCACAUGGACCCUUGGAUUAUAAAAAAAAAUUCAGUUUAAAUAUUAGUUACCAUAGGCAUAUAAUAUCGCAGGUUUGCUUUCAAUGCAUGAGCUUUUCACGUACAGUUCUCCCUUAAGUCCCAAUUAAAACUUAUUUUGCUAAUUCCCAGAAAGGUUAAAAUUAGAAUUAGUUGUACAAUUAUUGGCACUUGAAUUUAUAUGUUUUAGCCUUUGAAGAUGACAUGCUAAAAUCAGCCAGUGAGCAGACGAGGACAUUUUAUGUAAAAUCUUGUCUGCAGUGAUGCUGAGUAAUGGGUGAAAGACCUGUAGGCCGUACAGUAUUUUUUAAUGGGGAAGAUUUAUCAGUUAACUCGUACUUUGUCAAGGCUGUUUGGUUGAAAUCUUAAAAUACAGGAACUGAGGAGAACUGAAGGUCAUCAGAAUGCUUGCAGUCAUAUCUCAACAUUCUAGGUUGUGGGUGAAAUCAGUUUAAUGUCCACCAUGUUUUAAGCUGUGCAAAACAUCCCUUUUUAGUUUAUUGAAGCAUCACAAAAACUCAUUUUAUUGACACUGUAAGCAACAUGCACAUUUUUUUCAAAAUUUGCCACAGUUUUGAAAAAUGUAUGAGUACUGAAACAAAAAUGAACUUUUUGCAUCGAACAAUUAUUACAAAGCAAUAGUUAUUUACAAACCUUUGUUUUGGAAUAAGCAUAUGUAUCAGGUGCAAAUUUACACAGGCUAAUUCUCUUGCAAUGGGAUUUAAAAACAAACCCAAAAGCCACCCUAUGGAAAUCAAUUGGGAAUGUAUAAAAUAGUCAUCUUAAUUUUGGAAAAUGUAAUUGAUUUGAAGUAGGUCAUCAAAUAUGAGCAGAUGAGAGGCAGAGCUGUGAACUCCAUUUCUUACUGAAACUAUUUCAACUAGCAAGAUGCACAGCGAUACUUUAUUUUUUAAAAAAUGCAAAAUAAAAUUUCUUGUCCGGUAUGCUAAUAUGAUCUUAAAAUUGAAUCAGCAGGAUUUGCAUAGUUAAUGAGACCUAGGACUUGAAGCUUGCAGUUAACUCUAGCUGUUUAUUUUAGUUAGGGCAAAACAUGCUAUUGAUGCUCAAUACUCAUAACGUGUAGAGUGAUGUGCAUUAAACAGAUGCUUUUAGUUGAUUUAUUCUGCAAGUUAUUUAUCUUUAGCUUUAAUAAUACCUUCAAAAUUAAGAUUGAAGUCCAUAACUGAUUGUUUUUGCAUAGCAUUGAAGUCCAUACAUUGUUUUGAGUUAUUUAAAUACCUAUUUUUGAUUUAUACCUGAAGUCUUUUAAUUUGACGAUAUUUUCCUACACACACUGACAUAUUCUAGAAAAGUGGUUUAUUAAAAAUAUAUCCUGCACUGCCACAAUGAUGCCACCCGAAGGUUGCAGGAACAGCAACUCAUAUUCCGCCUGGGAACCCUGCAGCCAUAUGGUAUCUAUGUGGACUUCACCAGUUUCAAAAUCUCCCCUUCCCCUACUGCAUCCCUAAACCAGCCCAGUGCAUCCCCUCCCCCCACUGCACCACACAACCAGCCCAGCUCUUCCCCCUCACCCACUGCAUCCCAAAACCAGUCCAACCUGUCUCUGCCUCCCUAACCGGUUCUUCCUCUCACCCAUCCCUUCCUCCCACCCCAAGCCGCACCCCCCGCUACCUACUAACCUCAUCCCACCUCCUUGACCUGUCCGUCUUCCCUGGACUGACCUAUCCCCUCCCUACCUCCCCACCUACACCCUCUCCACCUAUCUUCUUUACUCUCCAUCUUCGGUCCGCCUCCCCCUCUCUCCCUAUUUAUUCCAGUUCCCUCCCCACAUCCCCCUCUCUGAUGAAGGGUCUAGGCCCGAAACGUCAGCUUUUGUGCUCCUGAGAUGCUGCUUGGCCUGCUGUGUUCAUCCAGCCUCACAUUUUAUUAUCUUGGAAUCUCCAGCAUCUGCAGUUCCCAUUAUCUCUUAUUAAAAAGUCCAUUACUUUCAUUUGCAAGAAAUUUAAAUUAGAACCAAAUUUAUGAGAUUGAUUGCAUCUACUGUAAUUAGAGACUAUUUAAGCCCUUGAAAAAGAGCUGAGUGAUUUUUUUUUCUCAUAGACAUUUGUUAUGCAAUAUAGAUGCCUUGUUUCAUAUCUGGUGUGUUUAUUUGGAAAUGCAUAUACAUAUGUGUUUAUUAUUUACAUAUAGACUUACUUUUUAAAUACACAGCCAUGACUGUGAACGAAAUACCCAUUUUUCAGUCUGACAGAAGUAUUCAUUGUGGUCACUUCAGCAUUUAGUUCAAUACUCCCUGGUCUCUGUACAGCACUCUACAACUAGUGUAUUAUGAUCAUUGUGCUGCUUUACAUCCUUCUGAAUCACACAAGCUAGGACACCUUGUAAUUCCUAAAAAUCCUAUUGAUAUAUUUUGGCAAGCCAAACAAUGGGAUUCCCAGCUUGAUGAGAAUAAGUCAUACUCCAUUUUUCAAAGAGUUGCAAACACUUUGUUUCCAUGAGGUUGAGUUAUAAUGAAUGAAGGAAGGAAAAAACAUGUUUUGACAUUCCUACUUUGCAAAAAAUGCACUUUUUUAGCUGAUUGAAAGACUACAUUCUACAGCUAGCCAGAAUUUUAAGAAAUUGAAAGAAUUGAAUUAAAAAUAAUCAAGCAUUUUAAUACAUGCCGCAUGAUUAAAGCACCUGCAUGACCAAAUGUGUACUUUAGAAUACGUUCUUUGGGUGCUAUUUUUACGUUGAGGUUUUUUUUGUAUUAAACUUAAAACCUAAUUUGUUUUGAUGUGUGAAAUGUAAAAUUAUGACCUGGACUCUGAAGCAUUCAUUUUAGAAAAGUUAUCCAUAAAAUUUUCGUUUGCAUGAGAAUAUGGUAUAACACUAUCACAUUGCUCCAUUUCCUGAAGAUAUGUUAUGCUGGUUUGCUAUUUUCUGCUUUUGUAAUUAAGAGUGUAUGUUUAUUUGUGACCUUCAUAGCACAGACUAGACAGAAGUGUUGAGUAGUUCCCAGGCAAAUUUUUUUUUAACUAACUUCAGUUUGAAUGAUCUGUCCGUGUGUGUGUGUAUGUAUAUAUAUGUUCUGCUCAAAUGUCUUGGUCGUAAGAUACUAACAUAGCUCUAAUAUGUAUUACGUAUUGUGUUCAAUUUGAUUUAAAAUGCCAAACACAACAAAUAAACAAAAGGGAUUGUUGUCAAUUUGUUUGACAAGUCUUCAGAAUGUAUUUACUCGUAUAAUAUGCAGGUCUAUUUGAAGUUAAUACGUAAAUGAAAUGUGAGAAUGAAAAGUGCUUUUUUAUUCUCAACUAAUCUAGUCAUUCUUUGAUUUGUACUUUUAUUCAUUUGUCUAAUUUUAUUUUAAAUAAAUACUUCUAAAGAUUUAAAAUCAAAAUUCUCUUUGAAGCAAAUAUUGGCUCUAAUUCACUUUAACCCUAAUCCUAUUGCACUAGACAUUUCCCUCCAGUGUUUGACUUUCAUGCUAAAUAAUUGCAUAAUUUAAUCCAAGUGUUCGGAAUUGGAUGUUUAGAAAAGGCCUUGUUAAAACUACAAAGCAUGGAGAAUAAAUUUAAAUAAGAUGUUCCAUUGGCUUUUUGAAGGAUUUUUAAUCCCAAUAUAGACCAUUCAUCCUUUCAAAAUAUUUAUCAUUCCUCUUUAAAGCCACAAAGUUUUAAAAUUGCUUUUGUAGAUGUAACUUUUAAUAAGUAAUAUUUGUGCAAAAAAAAUUGAAUUCAGAUUCAUUUUCUUUUGCAAUCUUAAUGCAACAAUUGUCUACUUAAUGACUGAUUAACCCCUGAUUAUCACAGUUAAAUAUAAAACUGGAAAAAAAAUUAUCUUUGGAUACAGCAAUUGAAAUAUUGUUCAAAUUUUAUUUGAUAUGCUUCUGAUUAUUGGGUUUCCUGUUAAACAUUUCACACUUAGAAUGAAGUAAUGGAUUGAACAGGAACAAAGAAAAUUCACCAUCAUACAGCAAUCUCUAGCUAGAUAAUUGUAAAGGGAACCCAGCCUUAGACAUAACUGCUGAGGAGUCUGAUGUUGGAAAAGUUGGCUGUCUGACUUCUACCCCGCACCCCUCCUCCAUUUAACACCCUUCUUGCCUUAUUUGUGAGGAAGAUGAAACAAAAUGUUGUACAGCGAUGAGCUAAUUUCCAGAUAAUUUUGAUCAGUCUUUCAGAACUUAUGGAUUUUUGCAAAGUAGUUGAAUAUGAAUGUUUGGCUACCAAAGUGCUUUGUCUUUUGUGCAGCUGUAUACUAAACAAACUGUUCCUAUCAUUAUACUCCAGAAAGCUGAUGGUCAAUACCAAUGUGGCCUUUUAAACAUUUUAUUAAAAAAAACUAUGAACAUUUGAUAGUUGAAGCUGACAAGAGAUUGUUACAACUCCCUAAGAGGGAUUUUUUUUUCCUAUAACUGAAAGUUUUAUUCAUUUGAACAUAUCUUAAUUUCCUGUUAUGGACUUUACCUGUUUCAAGGUUUUAAUAUGUUCUGCAUGAAAUGUUAAAUGUAAAAGGUAUUGUUUCCCAUUUAAGGGAAAAUCCAUUGUUUUAAAAAGGAAACACUAAUUAUAGGCAAGACUGACAGUAUUUUGUGGUCAAAAUAAUGCGUAUUGUAAAAUUGUAAGCUUAUAAUUGCUAAUAAA